UGUAGCAAACCCUUUUUCAUAUUGUUUUGUUCCAUUCCACAGCAGACAUAUCCAAACAAAGGGAACAGAGUAGCAAAAACUUUGCUCAACGUACUUGAAUCCUAUCAUGAUGACAGCAGCGACAAUGAAGCUGACGAUGACGAUUGUUUUAGCUGGUGUUAUCCAACGGAGACAAAGUCUAUGCGCAACAACAUUUAUGCCUUCCUCAAAUCCAUAUCCGAGACGAAUGGUAGGUUUGGUGAUGGUGUUCAAGAGGACACGUUUGAGUUCUACAAUAUCCUCCUCAGUACACUUCAAGACGAAGCCCUAGAAAACAUCCGGCGUCCACUUCAAGAUGAUACAUACGAUGAGCAUAUCAUGCGUCACUGCGGUGCCUCACGAUUGUUUGGUGGGAAGUUCUUGAUGACCUAUUGUUAUGAGGCAUGUGGACAUGUUGAUACAGUAUUUCAGCCAUUCACAAGUCUGAGCAUACCCGUUACUAAGAAUCCGGACGGUUUAUCAAACUCCGCAGUGACGUUAACUGUGAACGACUCGGACGGGAAUAGUGCAUAUUAUGUUUCAUCAGGGAUCGGUGGCAAAUAUGGCAGUUUAUCAGAUCAAAACCAACUAUUGAAAGAAAAAAUGGAUGUCGACAGCACAAAUCGCAUUGAGGUAAAAUCGUCAAACAUCUCCAAACCACCAGAGAGCAAACUUUUCAGUGGAUUGUCUCUUGCUAAGGGCAACAUGGAUGUGAUACAGACAGGUGUUGAAUGGGGACUAGAGAAAUUGACCGAAACAGAAACGAUGGAGGCAUCUGAGGUUUCCUGUCGAAUAUGUAAAGAUGGAAACGUGGGCGUGUUGUACAAAAAGCUACAGGUGAUCUCUCUUCCUCCGGUUCUGGUUUUGCAAAUCAACAGAUUCAAUCAGGUACUGUUUUACAUGUUAUAACAAUAUAUCGUUUUUGCUUUAUUUAACCAAGGAUUUUGGAAUUUUUAUCAGCACCAAUAUCAGUAA